AAGAAGUUGAACGACAAUUGAAAGAAGAUGCAGUUAUAUUAACGCAGAUGGAGAUGGCACGGACGGCCAAUAGUGUAGAAUGGUACGAAUGGAAAGAAAAUGAGUGGAUAAGAGGUGGUCCAAAUACUUAUACGCGACCUGGCGUAUUAACUACACUAGGAAAAAAAUUGCAUGAACCUGAUGGUCCACAUAAAAAUAUUUUCUUUGCUGCAGCAGAAUAUGCACCAGCUUUUGUAGGAUAUGUUGAAGGUGCAGUGCGCAGUGGUGAAUUAGUAGGACAGCAAAUUCAUGCCAAAUUAAAUGGAAAAGGUGCACAAAGUGUACCAGUAGUUGGCAAAAAGCCAAACAUUUUACUUGCAAUUUUAUUCGGUUUAUUAUGGAUUAUAGUAUGUAUUUUAGAAGCGAUGAUUAAUAUAAUUUUAAGGCUUUUAGCCUCAAUAUCACCACCUAAGCACGCAUGGCAGCUCGAUUGGAUUUAUCCCUUUUUAUAUCUUACAGUAUUAAUGAUUUCCUCACCAUAUGCAUUAUUUAUUCCACAAAUUUUCACAUUUAUUAUGGUAUCACAAUUUGACAAUAUUACAGGUUUUAAAGCACUAGAUGCACCUGAACCUUCUCCAAUGCGAAUUUUUAUUCAUGAAAUAUGCACACUAUUUUAUCUUUUGGUAACUUUGUGGCAAUCCAGUAAUUCAGAUUCAUUUGAAUGGAUAAUAUACGCAUUAAAUGGUGCAUUAUUAAUGGCAACUUAUGGUGCCGUGAUAACCCAUGAAGCUGUGCACAUAGGUGGUAGAUUGUACAAAAUACGAUCAAGCUUUAUAUUCUCAAUGGCAAAAUUAAUUGAUAUUUCUCUAGGUAUAAGUUGGGGUUUCGGUCAAUAUAAUUGGCAAGGACAUCAUGUUAAAUUUGCAUGUCCAGAAGACUUUGAUACCCCAUAUUUUAAUGAAUCUUUUUGGAAAUUCCUUCCACGAAAUUGGAUAG